AGCAUACAUCUCUGAGAGAGCUCUGCUUGUUUGGGUUGUAUUUUUUUGAUUGGAAUUUUUUUAAGCUUUCUAGAUGGCUGCCCAGCUAGCACUCACUGUCGUGGCCAGACUUUCGGUCCCGGCCAGAAGCACAGGAAUUUUAACUAAUUUAAAAAAAGGAGUGUUCAUCUCUUCCCUCACUAGAACCAUAUGUUCAGGUUUAUUGGAAAGAUCAUUCAGUACGUCUUCCCGCCUAAAGGGCCGAACGCAUGUGGACUGGAAGGCUAAGGGGGAUGUGGCUGUUGUUCGUGUCAAUGAACCAAAUUCAGUGAUGAACACAUGGACAAGUCACAUGCAGAAGGACAUGAUGGAGGUUAUGGAUGAGAUCUGGACCACUGACUCAGUCGGAAGUGCUGUAGUGAUCUCCACCAAGCCGCACUGCUUUAUUACAGGGAUGGACUUAAAAACUAUCAAGUCCUGUAAAACUGAAGAGGAAGCAACUCUCCUUUCUCGGCAGUGGCAGGGCAUGAUGAAAAAAAUCGAGUGCUCCCCCAAACCUAUUGUUGCUGCUAUCAGUGGAUGGUGUCUUAACGCUGGAUUGGAGUUUGCCACAGCCUGCCAGUACAGAUUGGCUACAGGGGGCGAUAUGACCAGUCUGGUCAGCCGUGAGGUCAGGAUGGGUCUUAUGCCCAGUGCUGGAGGUACACAAAGACUGACUGAAUUGGUUGGACCAUACCAUGCUUUGCAGAUUAUGCUGGAAGGUCACAGAAUCCAAGCAGAUGCAGCAAAGAAAAUGGGUCUGGUGCAUAAGGUGGUUGACACAACGGAUCAUAAAUAUUUUGAGGACGUAGCUGUAAGCUGUGCUCGAGGAAUAGUUAAAAAAAGCAUUCCUCUCACUCCACAAAAGGAGUGGUCCAAGAUAGCACAUGAUUUCUAUUACAGUUUUCCAAAAGUUCGGCAGGAUAUGUACAGGAAUACGUGGAAUACAGUGAUUAGCAAGGAAACUUUCUGCUCUGCUCCCCUAAAAAUCAUUGAGACUGUGCGGAUCGGUGUGGAGCAGGGAUCAGCAGCAGGGUAUCGAGCAGAGUCAUGGAAGUUUGGCGAAUUAGUAACGAACGAUGUUACUAGCGCGCUGAUUAGACUGUUCAGGAACCUGACUAUAAUGCACCUCAAAAAAAGACAACAGUAGAAAUAAAAAUUAUGACAUUAUGUUAGAAGCACUAAUUAUUGGUAAAAUCUUGGAAGCG